AUGGCUUUGGGGAGCAAUGAGAAAAGAAAAUCAAUUUUGAAUGUGAGACUUGGAAUGGAUUCUGAUUCUCUUAGAAGCCCCACUUCACCACUUGAUGUUACUUUGCUUUCAAAUAGAGGUAACCCUUUAAGAACAAUAUCACCUGAACAAGGACAAAAAAGGGGUUGGGACUGUACCAAAGUAGGUUUAAGUAUCAUAGAUUCUUUGGAGGAUUGUUCUAAAUUUUCUAGGAAUGUUCUUCUGUCAUCUGAGUUCAAUAAGGGUGGUAGUCUCAGUCCUAAUCCUAGUCCUCGAAUGAUUACUAAAGUGCCGAAUGUUAAUCACUGUUUGGAUUCUGUUAAGGCUUCUAAGUCGUUGCCGAAAGAUUUUUUUAAGCUGCCUUAUACUCGAAAUAGUUCUGUUUUUCGUAAGGGUGAAUCCAAUGUUGUUUUUGAAAUUGGUGAAACAUUGGCAGAACAUGAAUUACCACCCUUUGGGAAAUCAAUGUCUUGUUUGUUGGACUUUUACGGUCCAAUUAAAGAUUCUAACUUCGAUGAUUUGAAACCAGUGGGUUCUCGUCCUUGUUUUAUUGGAGAAAAUAUGAAUCCAAACAUGUUGCUUCCGAUGUCUCUAUCUGCAAGGGAGAUUGAAAACUCUGAGGACUAUACUUGUGUUAUUUCACACGGUCCUAAUCCGAAGAAGACGCAUAUUUUCUGUGAUUGCAUACUGGAAGUUUGUGCUGGUGAUGGUGUUAGAAAACUUCGAAAUGAGAAUGAAGAGAAGGAGGGUUUGUUUCCUCCGGUGGUUGACCGAUUAGAGACUCCAAAACAAUAUCCCUCUACUGAGUUUUUAGCUUUCUGCAACGGUUGCAACAAGAAGUUUGAAGAGGGUAAAGAUAUUUACAUCUAUAGAGGUGAAAAGGCAUUUUGCAGUUUAACUUGCCGCGCCCUCGAGAUUAUGAUUGACGAGGAGCUAGAGAAAUCCAAUGCACCACCAUCUGAGAACUCUAUAGAGUAUGAAUCUGGUGGAGAAGUUUUUGGAUCUGGCAUCUUCACUGCUGAAUAG